UUCAGCGAGGAGAACAACAACACCCCGUGUAACCAAACCGGCUUGAAUUUUCAACGCAGUGACGUCGGGCAAAAGCUUUUGCGACCAACUGAUACAACAAGAACAACCGACCAACAGAUACUCUAAGAGAUGCAUGAUAAUCGAGGACCCCUGCCUGGAGUGUCAGGACCACUGCUAAAUCCCCCAUCCAGUCCUUUUGGAAAUUCAUUUUAUGGAGCUGGUUCUGGGCUCAUUCGAGGAGGAUUAGGGGCAUAUGGAGGGAAACUUUUUGGGUCAGGCUCUGAUUACGUACAAAGCAAUAUAAGCAAGUACUUCUCUGAUCCUCAAUAUUACUUCCAAGUGAAUGAUCAUUAUGUCAGGAAUAAACUGAAGAUUAUUCUGCUUCCUUUUCUACACAGAGGUCACUGGACAAGAAUUACAGAGCCAGUCGGAGGCAAGCUAUCUUAUAAAGCUCCUGUUAAUGACAUAAAUGCCCCUGAUUUAUACAUUCCAUUUAUGGCAUUUGCUACCUACUUGGUUCUUGCUGGCAUCUCAUUAGGUCUUUCAGGAAAGUUUAGUCCAGAGGCCUUGAAUUGGCAGUUUGUUAAAGGAAUGUUGGGCUGGUUUCUCCAAGUGAUGCUGCUGAAGAUAUCAUUGCUUUCACUAGGGGGAGGAGAGUCCCCAUUGCUUGACAUGAUAGCCUAUGCUGGAUAUUCUUUCACUGGGAUGUGCGUCGCCGUGGUGGCAAGGAUCACUUUAAGCUAUGCAUAUUACUUUAUAGUUCUGUGGAUAUGUUUGUGCAUGGGCACCUUCUUGGUGAAGACAAUGAAAAGAACUCUGUUUGCAGAGAUUAGAAGUUAUGACUCAAGCAGGCACCAUUAUCUCUUGCUCUCCAUUGCCCUUGCUCAGUUUCCUUUAAUCUUCUGGCUCAGCAACACUACUGGGAAUUGGUUUUUCUGAACAACUCAUUGAGGUUGUUCACGCUUGCUUUGAUGGUUCCCGCUGCUGAUAGCAUUUUAUUCUGUCGACAACAUACCUUUGCUUGAUUCUAGCAAUUAAAUUCGUUUAUAUAAGAUAGCAGGAUAAUUCUUUGUAACCCAAAAUUAGUUUUUCCUUGUUUAAUCCAAUCUGCUGUACUAAUCAUUUGACUUAAUUGUGUUUUACACUUAAACUUUUGAUUUCGUAUCCA